CUCGUCGUUGAAAUCAGCCAACCGCACGAUGGCAUAAAACUACUGCACGGAAUGGAUCCUUUUGCAUUGCGUUACCUAGUUUCAACGCAAUCUUAACCACAUCAUUCUAAACCCCUUCACCUGCAUCCAGAACGAAACCAACAGGAUGCCCCAAUCGAACAAGGGACUGAACGCGGCACGAUUGAAAGCCAAUCGUGCCGCCGGGAUCGGAGACGAGAUGGGACGCCUGCCGGCAAGAGUCAAGGCGGAAGCGAAGAUGAUCUGCUGCCUGGUUUGCAAGGCGGAGCUGAAGUGCACCAAGACCAACACCGAGAUGAAGCUGCACGCCGAGAGCAAACACGGAAAGACCCUCGAAGAGUGUUUUCCCGGCGCGACGGCCGAAGCGAAAGCCAUCAAUGCAAAACUGGACGCCGCCAAGAGCGGAGGAAAGGGGGGAAAAGGAGGUGGCGACGGCAUGACCAAGGCCGAGAGAAAGAAAAAGAACGCGGCCAUGGCAGACAAUUUGCUGCUGGCUGGCCUUUCUGCCGGGAAAAAGAAAGGCAAGAAGUAGACACACGUAUGAAAAAGAACACCAACGCUCCCCAAGGUACCUAGAGCUGGUGAUUCUGCUAUUGUACUGCGAAUACUCUUUUGCAGCCACUCAGUACGGCGAUUCUUGACGGUCUGAUAGAAAAAGGCUCAUGCUUUGAUUUUGGCUCCUUGUCAUAUAGAUCAUGUUCUCUUGGAUUCUGACCAAAGGAUAGAACCUAAUUCUCAUUGACCACACACAUCGCAACGGGAAAUAAGUAGAGCCUUCGGUUCCCAUGCAUGGCCAGAGAUCUAUUCUAUUCUUGUCACAGAUCCUUGUAGUUUCUUCAGAAGCGUGCAUCCAACACCGAGUUAAAAUAGAUAACAUAUUCCAGAAACAACACACUUGCGUCGUCCGUUCGAAAUCGAUACCGAGACGGUGACCCCAUCCGAGAAAGCAACGCUUUUACGUUCGAAAGAAAUAACACAAGCGAAUUUCC